GGGCACGCUGGGUAGCGGGGCGUGUCGGCACGGGACGGAACGGGACGGGACGGGACGAGACGGGGCGAACAUGAGUCGUGUAGUCGUGGAGCUCUUUUACGACGUGGUGUCUCCUUACUCUUGGCUGGGGUUCGAGGUACUCUGCCGAUACCAGCAUGUAUGGAAUAUUGAUUUGCGCUUUCGUCCGGCUUUCCUUGGCGGCAUAAUGCAGUCAACUGGUAACAAGCCUCCAGCAAUGUUGCCAAAGCGUGCAGAAUAUCUGCUGAAGGAUAUAAAAAGAAUGGCAAAAUAUUAUCAGGUGCCUGUAACAAUUCGAGAAGAUGUCUUCCAACGUAUCCUUGGUACAAACACUCUUGGAGCCAUGCGUUUUAUCACAGCCAUUGACAUGACACAGCCAAAGUACUUGGAACCCUUAUCUAGAGAGUUCUGGUUACGUUUUUGGUCACAGCAUGAAGAUGUCAGUCAGGUGGAGAGUAUAUUGGCUGUAGCAGAAAAGGCUGGGCUAUCCUCAGAGCUCACCCAGAAGCUACUUGAAAUGACUUCAUCCCCUGCAGUGAAGAAUCGUCUGAAGGAGACAACUGAGGAAGCAGUAAAAUAUGGGGCAUUUGGGAUGCCUGCUGUUGUGGCGCAUGUUAAUGGGAAACCUCAGCUCUUUUUUGGCUCAGAUCGUUUGGAACUGCUAGCCAGCAUUAUAGGAGAAAAAUGGCUGGGACCAGUUCCCUCAGUUCCAAGCCCAAAGAUGUGAAAAGUCUUGGGGAAAUACCUAAGAAUGAAAACACUGUGCUUAUAUAUACAGUUGAUCUUUGGUGAUUAUGUAUCCGAUUUUAUGGAGAGAUGGCUUUCUCCUCCUCAACUGCUAACUCUACAGAUCAGUUUCAUUUCUAGUUAAGAAGUUUGAGAUUUGCCAAUAUUAACAAUCUCGUCUGUUCUUCACAAAUACAAAUGUGUUGCUUUCAAAGAUCAAUGUUUAACGUUAAAGAUUUAACUUCUUUCAGGUUAAACAUCUUCUUUUCCAACCAAAAGUAUGAGGAUUAAAUUAUUAUGGGCCACAUUUGCCUUUUAUUUUAAGUCCAAGAUACAACGAAGAUAGAAGAAGCAUAGGACAAGGCAUUCAUGCUUCCCUUCACCUUGCAACAUAGCGGUGGGUUUGAGAGACUGGUGGAAGAGAGAGAGAGAAUUCAAGCCCAGAGCAAAAUCUGGGAAACCGAUCAAGCACUUCAAAAAGAACUUCUCCCUCAACUGAACAGUAUUUAUAGCUGCACUCAUGUGACUGACAUUGGAGAUCACCACACAUAUGCAUUCAUAGGCACCAGCACCAGCCCUUGCAGAGGUUUUUAAAUUAAUGCCAAUUUUGCAGUAGUGUCCUUGGAAGACAGUGGUGAACGUGAUGUAAACUCAGUUGGCAACCAAAGUCGACUAUGCUUUGCUUCCUCAAGAAUAGCCUUGUUGCUGACUGUCUAAAAGUGAUCUAGGAUAUGACUAUGAGGAACUUGGGGUUAUACAGUCUGGAGGGGGGAAGAUAUGCAAACAAUAAGAUUAAAACCGAAAUAUUUCACUUGUUACUCACUCCUCUGAUUACAGUACUUAUAAUUUUCACACUAAAGUUGUUUGAUAACUUGGCCCUAUAUUGGCUGAAUUGGAAUAACAUAUUGGAAUUGA